AUGGGCUACGCUUACGCCCUGGCCCCGUCAUCUUCCGGAUACGCUGCCGCGCCGUCUUCUGGAUACGCCGGACCCCGCCCCCAGCCCCCUCUUCCGGAUACGCUGGAGCCGGAGGCCUUGGAGGUGGCAUCGGAGGAGGAUAUGCCGGAGCUGGAGCCGGAGGACUUGGAGGAGGAUAUGCCGGAGCUGGAGCCGGAGGACUGGGAGGAGGAUAUGGAGCCGCCCCCGCUCUCCCGUCUGCUGGACCUAUCGGAGCCGGAGGAGGAUACGCUGACCAGGCUGCCGUUGGAGGCGGAGCCGCUCAAGGAGGAUACCAAGGAGUUCAGCAAGUGCAGCAAGUCCAGCAGGGAGGAGCCCAGCAAGGAGCCCCAGCCAUCUGUCGCCGUCCCCCAGGCCCCCCAGGUUGAGCAGCCCGCCCCGCAAGUAGAGCAGCCAGCCCCGAUUGCACCGGUGGCACCCCAGCCCCAGCCCGAGACGUCCGCCCCCCAGGAGCAGACCGAAGAGGGCUACGGCGACACGGAGGCGUCGAUCGGCACCGCCUCUGAGGAGAAGGUCAUCGGAGAGAAAGUCGGAUACAGCGAGGACAAGGGAGCCGCGGAGCAGCAAGGACAGGAGCAAGAGCAGGGAUACGAAGAGGAGGAGGAGCAGGGAACCGAGCAGAAGAACGACCAGGACUACCAGGAGGAGACCAACCAGACGGCCUACCCGGCCCCUGCCCCCGCACCGGAAACCACCACCGCUGCCGCCUACGAGCCCCAGACCGAGCCGGCCGCCCCGAGCGGCGGAUACCCCGCUGAGAACACGGCCCCCCAGGCCGAGACCAACUACGAUGAUGAGAUCAACGAGCCGGCCCCGCAGCCCGCCCCUGCCGCCACCUACCAGGCCGAGGAGACCUCAUCCACCUCAUCCGACCAGCAGUACAAGCGUGACGCCGCCCAGCGCCUCGGCCGUAACCCCCACCGCCGCUAUCUGGCCGCCCGCGUC